UCUCACUCAGACUGUCCACCGAGACAGACGUGUUUUACCCUCAAAACAAAUAAAUCCAUUUACAUAUACAAAACAGCCACGAGCGCUCCAAUGGCCACAUUCGAAGAGCUGAGGAAGGAGCAGAUGUUGUUUGAUGCCUUGCUCAACGUGGCCGGCGUACAAUUCCCGGCACACAAGCUGGUCCUGUGCAGCUGCAGCACGUACUUCAAAGCUCUGUUCACCAACUGGUCGAGCCCUGACCGCCAGGAUUUUGACAUCUCUCAUGUGUCAGCUGAUAUUAUGGAGAUCAUCCUGGACUACUGCUACACUCGGGUGGUCCACAUCACCCCGGAAAACAUCCAGGCGCUCUUUAUCGCUGCUGACUUCUUAGGUGUGAGCGGGAUUACCCAAGCCUGCUGUCGGGUCAUGAAAGAGCAACUGUCCCCCAGUAACUGCAUCGCUGUCUGGGGCCUCACAAACCAGUACCACUACCCCGAGCUGAAGAAACAAGUGUUCUCAUACAUCCUGAAGCACUUUGAAGAUGUGGUGUCCAGCUCUGAAGAGUUCCUCCAUCUCUCCAGGGAAGACCUCUGUUCCAUCAUUGACGAAGAUCAGUUGAACGUGAAGGAGGAGAGCACCGUGUUUGAGGCGGUCCUCAGAUGGGUCUCACACGCUCCUCAGGAAAGAAUUACACACUUGGCCAAUCUUCUGACAAAAGUCCGUCUGGCUCUGGUCCACCGCGACUACUUUAUUCAGCAGGUUCAUGGAAAUAACCUGCUCCAGAACAAUCAUGAAUGUAAGGCCGUGGUUAUGGAUGCCCAAGUUAGGGGAUCCAAUGUCUCCCUGUCCUCCCGUCUAGCCCGUCCGAGGCUGCCCCAAGCGCUCCUUCUAGCCAUUGGCGGUUUCAGCGAAACAAAUCCAGUCAACAACAUCGAAGUGUAUGACAACCGUGCCAACAGGUGGGUGGACGUGGCUAAUAAUGACAGGACACCACGGGCCUAUCACGGUACAGUGUUCCUUAACGGAUGUGUGUACUUGAUUGGAGGGUUCGACGACGUUGUAGAGUUCAACACUACCCACAAGUACGACCUGGCCAAUCACACGUGGCAAGAAGUAGCGCCCAUGCAUUCACCGAGGUGCUAUGUCAGCGUGGCUUUGCUGGAUGGUUUGAUCUACGCCAUGGGUGGGCACGAUGGAGACGUGAGGCUGGAGACGGUCGAACGAUACUCUCCAGAGACCAACCAGUGGACGAUGAUUUCUCCUAUGAACGAACAGAGGAGCGACGCCAACAGCACAGCGUACGACGGGAAGAUCUACAUCUGUGGAGGCUUUAAUGGCGAGCAGGUUCUGGACACAGCUGAGUGCUACAACCCACUCACCGAUCAGUGGACCAUGAUCUCAAACAUGACCAACAGACGCCGUGGGGUCGGUGUCAUCGCCUAUGCCAACGAAAUCUACGCUGUCGGUGGCUUUUCUGGGAUGGUCCGUUUGAACACCAUGGAGGCCUAUAACCCCAGGACCAAUACAUGGCGCCCCCUACCUGACCUGCUGUACGGGCGCAGCAACUUCGGCAUUGGGGUUGUUGACGAGCGGCUGUACGUUGUGGGCGGGUUCAACGGCUCCACCACCAUUAACCGUGUGGAAUGUUUUGAUGUGAAAACCGGAGUGUGGUCGGAGGUGCAGAACAUGGAGAUCUCUCGUUCUGCCCUGAGCUGCUCCGUGGCGUACGACCUUCCCAACAUGGCCGACUAUGCCGCACCCCGCGCCGCUCUUCCUGAUGACGAUCCCGCUGAGGAGUAGUCCCUCACUCCUUUAAAUAAAAGCAUCCAUUAACUGCAAAAAAAAGUGUUCAGCUUUUCUUGUUGUCUCGGGUAUUAAACUAUCAUCAUUUUACAUUUUGUUCUCUGUAAACUGCGGUAUUGAUAUAAAUGUCAAGCAACAG